AUGAAUUCUUGGAAAAUUACCAAAUUAAAUCAUGUUGCAAUUGCUGUGCCAGAUCUAGAAAAAGCUGCUUCAUUUUAUCGUGAUAUUUUAUGCGUUGAAGUUAGCGAACCAAAACCCAUUAAAGAACAUGGUGUUACCACAGUGUUUGUACGACUAGAUAAUGUUAAUAUUGAAUUGAUUCAACCUCUUGGUGAUAAUAGUCCUAUUAGUAAAUUUAUAGAAAGUAAUAAAAAUGGUGGAUUACAUCAUCUUUGUGUUGAAGUUGACAAUAUAUAUAAUUGUUUGAAGCAUUUAAAUGAUAAAAAUAUUCGAACAUUAAGUGCUGAACCAAAAAUUGGAGCAUCAGGUUCACCUGUCCUAUUUCUACAUCCUAAAGAUACAUGUAGUGUAUUGCAUGAAUUGGAACAUGUUCCAGAAAACUAUGAUUCUCAUUAA